AUGCAUUCCUUACCAACGAGGCAACUAGGCAAGAGCGGGCCUCGUGUCUCAGCCCUAGGCUACGGCGCUAUGGGAUUAUCAGCGUCGUACGGCAAGGUCGAAGAAAACGAAGCCAGGUUCGCGGUUCUAGACCGUGCGCUGGAGCUUGGGUCAACGUUUUGGGAUACUUCGGACGUUUAUGCGGACAGCGAAGACCUUUUGAGGCUAUGGUUCGAGCGGACAGGCAAACGCGACCACAUCUUCCUCGCUACGAAGUUCGCGGUCACGAAAGACGCCGAUGGCCGGCCGACCAUACGGAGUGACCCGGAGUAUGUGAGGCAGGCUUGUGAGAAGAGCUUGAAGAGGCUGGGGGUGCAGAAGAUUGAUUUGUAUUACUGCCACCGUGUGGAUAAGAAGACGCCGAUUGAGAAAACUGUCGCUGCUAUGGCGGAGUUGAAGAAGGAAGGCAAAAUCGGCGCGAUAGGGCUCAGCGAAGUCUCCGCUUCCACAAUCCGUCGCGCAGAGAAAGUGCACCACGUCGACGCCGUGCAAGUCGAAUACAGUCCUUUUGCACUAGACAUCGAAUCACCGCAAAUUGACAUCCUGCAAACCUGCCGAGAGCUCGGAAUCGCUAUCGUAGCAUACAGUCCGCUCGGUCGUGGUUUUCUCACGGGCCAGAUAAAGAGCCCAGAUGACUUCGAAGAAGGAGACUUCAGAAAGUAUGCGCCGAGGUAUAACAAGGAGAACUUCCCGAAGAAUCUGAAGCUCGUGGAGAAGCUGCAGGAGUUUGCGCGCAAGAAGGGAUGUACGCCUGGGCAGUUGAGCCUGGCGUGGCUGCUGGCACAGGGGGACGAUAUUAUUCCAAUUCCUGGGACCAAGAAGUCCAAGUAUCUCGAGGAGAACAUUGGCGCGCUUGCCGUCAAGCUCACCGCCGAGGAGGUGGAGCAGAUACGCACAGAGAUCGAGAAAGUGGAAGUGGCUGGGGACAGAUACCCGCCUUCAUUCCAGUCGUAUUCAUUUGGCGACACGCCAGAGCUUGCGCCAUGA